GCGGCUCCGGGGCUGCAGCGAGGCCGCCAGCAGCGCCGCGGGCGAGGGGCGGACCCAGGAGAUGAAAUGACAACGUCAACCCUCCAGAAAGCCAUUGAUCUGGUGACGAAAGCCACAGAAGAGGAUAAAGCCAAGAACUACGAGGAGGCGCUCCGACUCUACCAGCAUGCCGUGGAGUAUUUCCUCCACGCUAUCAAAUAUGAGGCACACAGCGAUAAGGCCAAGGAGAGCAUUCGAGCCAAGUGCAUGCAGUACCUAGAUAGGGCGGAGAAGCUGAAGGAUUAUUUACGAAACAAAGAGAAGCACGGCAAGAAGCCAGUCAAAGAAAAUCAGAGUGAGAGCAAGGGCGAUAGUGACAGUGAAGGGGAUAAUCCAGAGAAAAAGAAAUUGCAAGAACAACUGAUGGGGGCCGUGGUGAUGGAGAAGCCCAACAUUCGGUGGAAUGAUGUGGCCGGGCUGGAAGGGGCCAAGGAGGCCCUCAAAGAAGCUGUCAUUUUGCCAAUUAAAUUCCCACACUUGUUCACAGGCAAGCGUACCCCUUGGCGAGGAAUACUGCUUUUUGGACCCCCUGGCACAGGGAAGUCCUACCUGGCCAAAGCAGUGGCCACUGAGGCCAACAACUCCACCUUCUUCUCUGUGUCCUCCUCAGACUUGAUGUCCAAGUGGCUGGGGGAGAGCGAGAAGCUCGUCAAGAACCUGUUUGAACUGGCCAGGCAGCACAAGCCCUCCAUCAUCUUCAUCGACGAGGUGGAUUCCCUCUGUGGGUCCCGCAAUGAAAACGAGAGCGAGGCGGCCCGCAGGAUCAAAACGGAGUUUUUAGUCCAGAUGCAAGGGGUGGGGAACAACAACGAUGGGACUCUGGUUCUUGGUGCCACAAACAUCCCAUGGGUGUUGGAUUCAGCCAUUAGAAGGAGGUUCGAAAAGCGGAUUUACAUCCCACUGCCAGAGGAAGCUGCCCGUGCCCAGAUGUUCCGGUUGCAUCUGGGGAGCACCCCCCACAACCUGACAGAUGCCAACAUCCACGAGCUGGCCCGGAAGACAGAAGGCUACUCAGGUGCAGACAUCAGCAUCAUCGUGCGGGACUCCCUAAUGCAGCCUGUCAGAAAAGUGCAGUCAGCAACACACUUCAAAAAGGUCUGUGGCCCUUCCCGCACCAACCCUAGCGUUACGAUCGAUGACCUCCUGACCCCAUGCUCACCAGGGGACCCAGGUGCCAUAGAGAUGACUUGGAUGGAUGUCCCCGGUGACAAACUCUUAGAGCCUGUGGUUUGCAUGUCGGACAUGCUCCGGUCCUUGGCCACCACCCGGCCCACCGUGAAUGCAGAUGACCUUCUGAAAGUGAAGAAAUUCUCAGAGGACUUUGGGCAGGAGAGUUAAAAGCAUCUUCACUCGGGUGACAGUGAAGGUGGGCUGUCGGUGGGGGUCAAUCCACAGCACUCCUCACAUCGGUGGCCAGACAGGGCUCCAGGAUUCGUUCUGAAGUCAGAGCAAAGUCCCCUCCGUGUUGGGCCGCCAGCUGGGGAGCUGGAAGGAAGGGCCUCUCUGGCCGAGAGACGUGUAAGCACAUUUGGCAUCUGGUGGAAUUCUGGCUCUUCCUCCUUUUCUGGAUGGUCACCAACUCCUUGUCCUGCCCCUCCAUGGUAUUUUUUUUUUUUUUAGACCUUUUUUUGUUCCCCUAAAUUAAUGCUGCUUGGAUGGAUGUUUUGUCUUGUUUAUAAAUAAAGUUAAAAUCGCCCAGAAGCGUCAAGGAGUGGGAGCAGCCCGUGCAGCGGGGUUGGUGCACAAACCAGAAUGGCCUGCCGGGCCCCACCGCCCAUUCCUUCUAGACCCAAGCAUUGCUCCUUGUGGACAAAAUGGCUGAUGCCCUGGGUUUUCAGCCUACACUCUGUCUGCAGAGGCUGAGAGUGAAGCCAAGCCAUUCUUGCCCUCCUGGGUUGGCUUCCAGGGCCCCGUGUUCUCCCCGCAGGAGAGGCGGGUCCUUGUAGGCACAGAGCCGUGUAGUCAGAAUGAGUGAAGGCAGCCAGGUGGCUCUCACUGCUGCCUUUUCUUCCCUUGGAAUGUGAGCAUACUAAACCCAGCACUGCCCUGGGUCCCUGCCCUGGAAAUGGGCCAAUAAAUCCUUUCCCUCCUUGAGCCAUCUGAGUGAUCUCGUCUUUGACUUCUGUCUGUGCCUCUUUGCAGGCCACUCUGGCUUCUGAUAGGGACCCUUUGGUUUUCUCUCAUCUCUUCAUUGUAGGAAGCAAGUAGGAAUGUCACUAACUGCCUGUUGCCCAGUCAGGUACACGAGACCUUUCUUCCCUAAGAAGAAAAGUGUGGCUAAGGGUGUCUAAAGGACCUGGGCAGUUCUUCCUGUUCUCCAGCCUCAGAUAAGAGCUGCAACCUGGGAGGCCUCCAUGCCUGACAUGGCCUGCAGCUGUUUCGUUUCAUAUGCUGCCAACACUUAAAAUUCAAGAGUUGAUGUAAACAUUCAGAUCUGUCUUCUUGGAAGAUUAGGUAACACUGGAUCUGCUCCCCAGGAAGCAGCCUGCCAGCAGCAGCUGAGCCGCGGCUGCCCUGUUCAGAGGGUAACACGCUCUCCAGCUCCAGUGCCCAUAGGGACUGUUCCACUGCCCAGCCCCAAUGGCCAUUUGAACUGUGACUCCUGAGCUGGCAGCCUUGAGAUGCUGGGAAGAGGCCUGGCAUAGAGUCAUUAAGCUUUCCCUACCCUUUCAAAAACCAGACUUGUGCUUCUGUCUUUAAAACCUAACAGGUACAGAAGGAAUCACAUGGCCAGCUCUUAGCUCAUGAUAGCCUUGCACUGUGUUUCUUUGAUCCAGUUAAGAGUAGCUGCUGAAUUGGGUCAGUUUUCAAUUGGCGCUUUGAAGGCUAGGGCCCUGUGCUGCCCUCCAUUGCUGGAGGGCUUAGCCCCCCUCUCCUUACCUGGAGCAUCAGUUGGCACUUAACUCUGGAGUUCCCCUGUAGUUCUAGCCCCCUGCUGGUACUGCUUCAUUUUAGCUAGUUGGGUGUUGUUUUUUUUUUUUUUUUUUCAUUCUAUAUUGUUAGCUUAACUUGAAUCAAAGAGCCUUUAUUUAACCUCAUUUCUACCAUUUAAAGACCUUGACAAGUCACAGUGGUUAACAGAAAUUUUAUUGCUACUGGGGUUUAUCCUCAGCUCUCAUUGCAGUUCCCACAGGCGCCCUGCUUUUCCUCCCUCUCACUUCCCCACCAGUGAAUGUGCUGUUCAUAAGGAGGCUGAACCAACCUCAGGCUGACGCUCUGGCCUUACCACCUGAAGCAGAGCUCAUACAGGCAGAGGCAUGGCCUCCUCUGUGUGCAGAUUCUUAAAUUCAUUUCUUCCCCACCUGGAAAGCCUGCCCACAUUGGCUUUCAUUGGAAAUUGGUUUCUUUCACAUGCUGAAGAUGCUAUUUGUGCGUGUAAUUUUUGUGGCUGGUCCCGGCCUGAGAUGGAAGAGGUUUUCUGUAUUGGAAAUGCAAGGAUCGGUGGCCUUUGGGCUGUAUUGUCUUGAGCUAGUUGAUGGUGUCCUUCCUGAUGUGGAUUUGGUUAUAGCCAAAUCUCAUAUCCCGUCAGCAAUGUUUUGCCUGGGAUACCAGGCAAAAAAGGACUCCACAGGUAAGUCACGCACGAGCCGUUUAUAAAAAUAAGAACGCUGGGAAGAUGGUCAACAUAAAGUGGAUGUUUGUAGUCUCCAGGCUUUCUGAGGUCCACGCUGAGCAGUCAUUUAUUCUUGGGCCACAGGGCCAGGAAGCAGCAAGCAGACACUGCUGAUCUGCAUUACAGAGGUGUUACUAAGGACUCAACCUGUGUACUGUAAGGUCACAUCAGGGAGUUCUGGUGCCACCCUGCAGGCACUUCUGCACAUUGUCCAUGGGGAAGAAGGAACACUGAAUUCUAACUUCCAUAAGGAUCCCUGUUUUCAGGAUAAAAGUUUCUACAUGCUUCCCCAGUGGCCAAGUUUAAUGCAUGGAGAACCAGCUCACUUUUGCUUGGCCUUCCAGGCCCCUGGACUUGUCUAAAGAAAGCCAUACAGCAUAGUGGGUCUCUCCUGGGUCUGUUUAAAACACUUUUUCUCUUAAUGGGUUUCUUAUUUCAUGGAAAUGAGUUUUAAAAUUUGGGGAAUGAGUUUAAUUUUGAGGACUCUGGAAAGAGUACAUGUGUUAAAAACUUAGACAAGCUGAGGACAAGUACCAAAGAAACAAGUUCCUUCACCUCUUGAUACCGCUCUGACAGUGUCUUAAGGGUAAAUACUGAUAGCAAAAUGCUAAUUAAUUUUCCCAAAAUUAGUAUGGUGACCAGGAAGCACAUGUGGCUGCUUUCUAAUUGUGACAGGCAGAGACUCACUGCUCUCUCUCAACUAUCACCCCUCCUGCUCCAUGGCCUCCGUCCAAAGGAGGAGCCAAGUACCACUUGUCCAAAAGUUCUCAGCAGGAAAAUCUCCCCAUGUCUCUUAAAGGUGGAUGGCAAAAUGUUAAAAUGUGUGGGUAUUCACUUACAUUAAUGCCAUUAAACACUGCCGUGAACUGGGGCAAUUCUGUUUUUUUUUUUUUUAAAGAUUUACUUAUUUAUGCAUACAAGAACUUGGGUGCAGGCCAGAGGUGCGAGGGAGGAGACAGGAUUCACCA